AUGCUUGGAGUGGCGAACAUACCAGCCAAUCAGCAUAUCUGUGCACUUAUACACGUACACCAUACAUUCAGUUUAACUGGUUCAGGUCCUCCAAAGGAUUCACGAUCGCUUUCUGGGGGCUUUUCGUAUAAGAAAAACAGACGGAACAAGUGUCUCACAUGCGGAGAUCUGCAACGAUUUGGCGAUCCGUACAACUGCUUUUAUGCAGCAGCAAGCUCGACUGUUGGAAAAGGUUCUGUAAACGGUCAUCGAUGUUUGUUACACGCACGAACUUCACUGAUGUGCAAGCCCUCUCAAACUGCUUGUCAGAGUGUCGAAAUUAACGAGAGUGAAAAAGUUGUGAAAUACUGGUUGCAAUACGUUUAUUCCGGAAGAGUAGAGUGGGAAAAGGACGAUACUGUAAGAAUUCAAAAGAUUGCGGAACAAUAUGGCCCAGACGACUUGCUUCCACUUUGCACGAGGAUGCUGACGAGUCCACAUUUGGAACUAAAAACAGCAGUUUCUGCUAUUUCGGCCACUGGCUCAUCUUCAAUUCCUGAUUUCUAUGGUACUAACAGAGGAAUGGCUACCGGUACGACAGAGCGGGUCAAUCAGCCAACAUCUGUACCUCAGUCGGACGUUGGCCAACACUCUUUGUCAACCGUUGUCAUUCCUAAUGAACUCGCAUUAAAAUUAACGUCUUCUUCAGCAGUAGAUAAAGUAGAUUCAGACAUUACAAUGGAUUAUGAAGAUCCUCUACAAGGCUUAUCGCUAGUAGAUACGAGUGAAGAUCGGGAAACUAACAAUCAGUCUGUUAUCAUAGGACUUCAGGAAGAAUCGAUUACACGAGGAUUCUACGACAUUCAAGUGGACCUUCCUAAACCACACAUGAAAGUGACAUCUCAAAGUGCUACUCAAAGUUACAUGGAAAUUACACUCUUUGACAUAGCUAUGACAGACCAUUCGGAAGCUCCUACGGAUGGCAACAGUCCAGAUAUUUUCGAGGACAAAAGCAAAGACAGUUGUGCGGCUGGUUUCCUUUCUUAUCCAUUUGGUUUUCGUAGUUAUCUUCUUACUGCCUUAUUCAGCUCAUCGGCGCUGCACAAUGUAGCAGUCCUACGAAACGGAGAACAUGAGCAGGAACUCAACAAGGUUUCAGAAGCUUCCUUCAAACCGCUGAUAACGAAUCACUCGGAAAGUAGUAAAAUAGAUGCUUGUGAUGCUGAAGUUGUUUGUUUGGACGAGGUAGCGGAGCAGGAUAGGAAAUCUACGUUUAAGGAUCCGUAUGAAAGUGAAUACUUCAACUACUACGAUUCUUUUGUGGAACAGUGGUACGAGCCUGUGGAUGAUUCUGCGUCAAAUCAAGUUAAUUAUGAACUCAAAAUGCCACAUGAGUCAUUCAGGGAAGGAAAUCAGCAAUGUAUAACUGAAGCCACAACCGAUAGUGCAUCGAUUGGUGUUUCUUCGCAAGACUCAUUCUUCGACACUUCAAAAUUUAUCGCUAGCGCAAAGCCGGAUCUUGUGAACCCCAGUUCGUUCGCAGAAAACAAUCAUUCUGUGGAUUUGGCACCUCCUGCUGCUCACUCAACACCUCACCAGCCUACAAGAAAGAAACCGAGAUUUGGGUCAAAUGUAAAGAUCCUCAAGACGACCGAUAUUACACCUAUGCCAGACUAUGAUAGCAUGAAUGAUGAGUGCUUGAAAAACGAGUUAAGAAAGUUCGGACUGAAACCAAUGGGUAGGAAGCGAUCAAUAGCUAUUUUGAAAAAGAUCUACGCGGAGAUACAUCCAGAAAUUGAUCCAUCCACACCAACUAUACGACCAUUAGUUGUGGAUGAUAUUGAAGAUCAUGAACAACAAGCACCUAAAUGCAAAUCUACAAAGUCACGUACUAGGGGGCAGGCUAUUAGAACACUACCGGAAGCAAUGAGAAUAGCUGAUCUCCCACCUGCUGUGUCUAAGGAUGCUCAAAUAGAAAGUAUGGAGGAGAACGAAGAUGAGGAUUUUAUUGAUCUUGGUGAUAAGACGUUGAACGAUCCAACUGAUGAACCACCCGAAGAGAGUAUAAUCGACGAUGGACUUCUACCGAAGGACUUAGAGAGCAUGACACGAACGUUCCUCAAUUGGUUACAAAGUCCUGAGAAUGAGGAAUUAUACAACCAUCUGCUUUCGUUGCAACCUGUGCUCUUAGUAUGUUUCUAA